AUGUCGUUCAAUAACUCUGGUGUAGCACCUCAAAUGAAAGGUUCUGAUGCGAAUGGGAUUCGAAAGUACAAAAUAGGCAAGGUUAAGCAGACUCCUACAGUCAGAACGGACCCUAAUACAGGAUUGAGUUUUAUCCAGUUGAAACCCCGUAGCGAAGAGAAGGUAUACGGAUGCACAAAGUUUCUGAACCAUUACAAAGAGGAGCAGAAGCUGGGUCAGGGGACUUUUGGUGAGGUUUAUAAAGGUGUUCAUUUAGAAACACAAAGACAGGUGGCAAUGAAGCGGAUAAUUGUCUCCGGCGAAAAGGAUUUAUUCCCGAUUACGGCACAAAGAGAAAUCACAAUUUUGAAGAAACUGAACCACAAGAACGUCUUAAAGCUCAUUGAGAUGGUGUAUGAUGGACCACCUCCUGUUAAUAAUACAGGAAAAGACGUAUUGGAUACAUCCAAGGCACCCAUCAAGCAUUUCUAUAUGAUUUUACCAUAUAUGGUUGCUGAUUUGUCCGGCGUUCUGCAUAAUCCGAGAAUACAUUUACAAAUGGCCGACAUAAAAAAUAUCUUAUUGCAGAUGUUAGAAGGUUUGAAUUACAUUCAUUGUUUGAAGUACAUGCAUAGGGAUAUUAAGACGGCAAAUAUUUUGAUAGAUCACAAUGGUAUUGUUAAGAUUGCAGAUUUUGGUUUGGCACGAUUGUAUUAUGGCCCACCACCCAACUUGCGAUACCCAGGAGGAGCAGGCUCAGGCGCCAAAUAUACAUCUGUAGUUGUGACGAGAUGGUAUAGGGCACCUGAAUUGGUUCUUGGAGAUAAAAUGUAUACUACCGCGGUAGAUAUUUGGGGCGUGGGCUGUGUGUUUGGCGAAUUCUUUGAGAAGAAACCAAUUUUGCAAGGGGCAUCUGACAUUGACCAAGGGCACGCCAUUUUCAAACUUUUGGGUACUCCUACAAAUGAAAAUUGGGAGCUGGCAAAAUAUUUACCCGGGAAAGAACUGACGACCACUUCUUAUAACAGUUCCCUGAAAGAAAGGUUCGGUGCACAUUUAAAUGAUACUGGGUUGAAUCUGAUGUCAAAACUUUUGGAGCUGGAUCCGCUGAAGAGAUAUACGGCUAUGAGUGCAAAGUUGGAUCCUUUUUUUACUGAAGAGCCAUUACCCUCAAAGACUCUACGUUUACCUUGCGAAGAGAGUCACGAAGCUGAUAUCAAAAGGUACAAAGAAGAGUUGCACCAAGCUAUGUCCCAGAAGGCACCUACUGCCCCACAAGGUCACAGAAAUGAAGCAUAUUCAAACCCGCAUUCCGCCCGUAGCAAAGAUCCACUGACCCGUACGACCCCAAAACAGCCAAACAGACGACCUCCAAGUGGUCCUCAACUAAAAAAUUUGCCUGCGGGCCCUGCCGCAUCUACCGCACUACCCCCUCUAAGAAAAUUAGUUGAUCCGAAGGAAAGUGCCGUACCUCCCUCACGUUACAGUGGUGCUAAGAAACCAACUACAGAACCAAGGUACAACGAUAACAAACACUUUACGAAAACAUCCGCGCAUAAUACCAAAUAUAUGCACCACAAUGGACAUGGGUUUGGCAGGUACAACGAAAUGAGUGGAACCGAUGUGAAUGUGCAGGGACAAUCAUACAGUGAUGGAAGAGUGUUCAACAGGUACACAGGUGAUGUUGGUGUUGGGGGGACUGUACCCGCACCGGGAUCGAGAUACAACGGGGCGGUGCAAGCAAGAGUCUCGAACUUUCGUCACGCUGGUAUAACUUCAACCGGUCCUUCAGAUCAUGCAAAUGCGUCUCAUUCAAACUCUUCUAGGUACCAAAGUUCUUCUGGACCAAAUCAGCCAGGUAAAAAACUAGAAAUAUCAUCUGGCGGUCCUUAUUCAUUUGGAUCCCAAAAUCAUAAAAGGCACACCAUACAACCGCAGAAUCAAUACUUAGAAAGAAAUGAGGAGGUAUAUAGCUUUGGUUCCAAUGCAACUGAUCCACAAUCCAAUUCUUUUGGUAGCAACGGAAAGGGUAAACAGAAAGAGGAACGUGGCGAAAACCAAUCUGACCAGAAUAUUGCUGACCUAUACUAA